AAUUGUGCGCAUGCGCAGAACAUAACUUUCGUUUUAGCGCCCAAGUUUUACACGUAGCGCGUGAUUAAAGAGUAAAACGAAAACGAAACUAUGCCACCAAAAAAGACUGGCAAAGCCAGAGCAAAAACAGCUUCGAAAAAGAAAGCCAAGGCUAAUACAGUCGGAGCAAAAAAGCCUGUGAAAGUGAAAACCAAGAAGAAUCCAGGAAAAAUACCUGCAGGUCCCAAAAAAGAAAAAAAUCCAAAGCCAGCAGCUAAGGGAAACAAACCUGCACCUCCCAAAAAGGAAACAAAUCCAAACCCAGGAAUUAAGACACCGAAGAAGAAACCCAAAGCUGAUGCAGGGAAAAAACCUGCACAUCCCAAAAAGGACAUGAAUCCAAGUCCAGGAAUAACGUCACCAAACAUGAAACCCAAAGCUGAAGCAGGAAAGAAGCCAAUAACCAAGAAACAAAACACAGAUCCAGUGAAAGGAUCAGUGAAAUCGAAGAAGAGAAAAAAUCCUAAUCUAGCACAAGGUCAGAAUCCAGCAAAAAGAAAGAGGACAUCUCUAGCAUCUGAGGAUAUGUCAAUGUUUUCUAAUUAUCGGCAACCAGCUCCGGUUCAGCCCAUUGUGCAUGCUCCUGUUUCCAUGGGUAACAUCACAGUACAAACAUCUGGAAAGAGUGAUUACUACCAACCCUUAGCUAUCCUAGUGAAUAGAUUUAAUAACGAUGAAGUGAUCAACCAAAGAGUGACCAACGAUGCUGCAGUGUCUGCACAGAGCCAUAAAAUAGACAACUCUCAAACUGGAAACAAGAAUGAUACAGAUGAAAAUCAGCUGUUUCUAAGGAAAUACUGUGCUGAGUUAAUCGACAAAAUAAAAAACGUCACUGAAAUCGUCGAUCACCUCAAAUUAGGAAAUGAACAAGCAGCGAUAGUACGAGCACGGAGGACCGAACAGGAAAAGAUGAGGACGCUUUUGGGGUUUACAACCAGCAAAAGCGCUGCAAAGGAUCUAGUCUUAGGCUUGUGGCGCUGCGCACGUGAUGUCAUGGAAGACCUGACCGACUCCAACUGAAGAUCCACGAAUAGAUUCCAGCUCUGAUGGAUCACUCCUGAUUUCGUCAAUGCGCGACCUUCAAAGGGUCAUAUCACAUUUCUCAUGUUUUUAUCAUUUUUUAAAAAAAUUUUAUUAUUAUUUCAUUAAAUAAUUUUU